AUGGGUUCAGAGAAGAAACCUUCUACUGUCGCACCAGCAAAUGUCGAAGUUCAAGUUGCACUGGAGGAGUCGGCGAAGGACGCCAAAAGUGCAUCAUGUGCAUCAAAGAUCAUUGAAGAGGAGGCGCAACCGAAAGGACACCUUGUUGUCUUUGUGUGCUCCGACGAAUUUGAGAUAGCAUGCGGCUGUGCGAUCUGCUAUAGCGUCUUUGUGAUCUGCUUGCAAACUGAUGCAGUGGAUGCACCGUUCUUCAUCCAGUUCUCGGAAAGCCUUGUGACGGCAUUCUUUCUGCUUGAGUGGAUAUUGAGAGUGGCUGCAUUUGGCCGAAAAUGGUUCAAGGGCUUUCAAACCCUGCUGGACACCUUUAUAGUUUGGUGUCCUGGAGUUGUGGUGGUGUGGAUCAUGCAGCCACUGAACAUUGAGGAAAAUAUGAGUGACCUCUUCAAAUUCUUUCGAAUUGCCCGGAUGCUUCGUUUUGUACAGCUGGUUAGAACCUUCAAGCAUGUUGCUGCCUUCGAGGAUUUGUGGAAGUUAGUGCGUGGAUUGGUGAGCAGUGGAGGCACUCUACUUUCAGCAAUGAGCCUGAUCGUCUUCAACCUCUACGUUUUUGCCAUCUUUUGCUGCGAAUUGAUCGGUUUCCAAGAAUUCAGUGCAGAAGCUUCAGAUGCUGCAAAGGAAGCACAACAGCGAUUCAAAGGAAUUAGCCAAUCGAUGUUGACCCUCACGAGAUUCAUGCAUGGAGAUGACUCGCAGGGUAUAAUGGAUGAUUUGGUGGAAGAGUUGCCGUACAUUUGGAUCUUUCUGUGGCUGUUCACAGCGCUGUCCUCCUUCGUACUGCUGAACCUGGUGACAGCUGUCAUCGUUCAGCAAGCAAUGGACAUGUCCAAAGGUGACGAGAAAGAGCUGGCCAUAAUACGGAAAAGAGAACAGGAUCGCGAGAUGAAAGAACUGGCUGAGAUGUUUCGUGAAAUUGAUGAAGAUGGUAGUGGCAUUGUGAGCAUAGCAGAGUUCGAAGAGGCGCUAAAGGAUGAAACCAUCCUGGGCAAAUUUAUGAUGCUUGGGUUGAAGAAAGACCAAGCCAUGGAGCUUCGCAUUGCUGGACACUGGUGGAGAGGGAGAACUUGA